GCUCGCGGGAAACCUUCUGGUUCACCUGGCCCUCAUUCUAAAUCGAAGUCCGACCGUUCAAGGAAAAGACAUAGACGGGACAGCAGCGGUGGAAGUCGAGCCAGCUCAACCAGCUCGGCAUCAUUAACCGAGGCCAGCAAGCGUGCCAACAAGACUGAAGAAUUGCGGCGGCGGGAAGAGCAGCGGGCAGAAGAAGACAGGCUUCUGCGUCAGCGCUGGGCUGAGUCAAAGCUCCUCGAGGAAGAAGUAGCUAGGCGGUUGGAACGAUAUCUAGAUAGUGAACUGGCCAAGCUUCUCGUCGAACGAAAAGAUGAAUUCACUAAUGAAGUUGAAAGGCGCGUUGAAGCGGAACGAGCUCAAGUCCUGCAGGCACGUGCGGCAGAAGCUGAACGGCGGGCGCGUGAAGAAGCAGAAGCCACAAAACGCCGAGAAGAAGAGGAACGCCAGAAACGAUAUGAAGCGGAACUUCGUGAGUUGGAAGAAAGGCAAAAAAUGGAGUUGGAAGAACAAAAACGCAUAAAGCGGGAACAAGAGAUCAUUCUAAACAAGAAGCGCACACGUCCUAAGCUCUCCUUUACUCUGAAGAAAUAACACAGUCCUGAAUGCUGCUUCACACCCGUCAAGUUACGACUGUUUUGUCGCAUUGCUCCUGCUGUGUCGCCUGUUUUCUUGUUCCUUGUUUGGCCUUAGGCAUUGAUUUCCUCAUCUCAUGGUAUUUUCCACGAACUAGAAGAUCUACUCGGUUUUCUCACUGAGCUUCAGCCUCAGGCUUUGGAAAUUUCCACUCCCCCGGUGUAUAUAAUUUUAUAUUGCAACAUAUUCGCGAAG